UAUUUACUGUGACUCGUUUUGAACAAGCUUUCAUUUUUAUAUUUUCUGGGCUUAUUUUGAAGUAUUUCAACUAACUCUACCAUUUAAAAGCAUCAUGGAAACAACAUCCGAAAAACGUGGUUCACUCAAAUUAUCAUCCGGGCGUAGAACAAGUGGUGCAUUCACAGUUCCCCAAGCGCGGCCAGUUUUAAAAUACUUACCCACAUAUCGUCUAGAUCCGAAACUCCCGCUAAAUAAGGAGGUAUGCGAGAAAAUCAUUCAAACGGUGAUGGACGAUGCAUUUGAAAACUUUAUAUAUUCGCCAAAACAAUCGCUGACACUAUGCGCACAAAUUAGCGAAGAGAUCAAGAAUCGUGUUAAAUCGCAACACUAUGAUCGAUACCGUUAUGUUUGCAUUGUAAGCAUUGGUGAGAAAAUAAUGCAAGGCUACUGUUCAUUGGUCAACUUCCUUUGGGAUGCAGAAAAAGACGGUUACAUUUCUUACGUAUAUGAUACACCAAAAUUUUGGGGUAUCGCUACACUUUAUUAUCUGUAUUAUGAUUGAAUGCAGUCAAUUUAGAAUACUAAACAAUAUUGGUGAUUGAUGCUUGUAAUAUAUUUUAUAAUUUAAUUACAAAAAUAAACGGAUUUCGAUUUAAAA